ACAGCCCGGCAGCUCCUGGGGUCACACGAGGCGAUGCCCCGCAUGCUGCAGGACGAGCAGCGCCCGGCCCCGCACGCAGCCCCGCCCCGCCCGCGGUGCCAGAGGGCAGCGGAGCGCAGCUCCCCUCCCGUUCUCUCCCCUCCCCUCCCCUCCCCUCCCCUCCCCUCCCGCAGCACACCUGGCCCGGUGGGAGGGAGCGGCCCUAUAUCCCGGGCGCUCGGGGAGGGGCUGUGUCGGAUCAGGGGCUGAGCGGCUGCAGUGCAGAUUCCUCUUCUGCUGGAGCUGUGGGCCAAGGAGGAGCCCCGGCUCCGUGGGGCCGACGUGGGAGCAGCAGGAAGAGGAGGAGGAGGGUCGGUGCUCAGCCAUGUCGCAGGUCAUCCACAGCCACGUGCUGCGCGUGGGGCAGAGUGUGUGCGUCCCGUCCCAGGAGGGCGCCCCGCGCCUGCCCGCCCCGUGCUGCUACUACUCGACGGACGCCUGGGCUGAGCCCGGCGCUGUGCGCUGCACCGCAGCCCCGCUGCCCCCCCGGGGGCUGCAGGGAGGUCACCCCGCAGCGCAGGAGCCGUCCCUGCGGCAGGAGGACGUGGGCACAGAGCCCAGCACCCACCUCGGGUCGCCCAUCUUGGACAUCUCCAUAGAGAACCUCAACCGGAUGAUCCUGGAGCUCGACCCCAGCUUUCAGCCGCUCUCCUGCCAGCCGAGGAAGGACGCGGCCGUGCCUGCUGCCCGGGGGGGCGCUGCUGGCACCCCACUGCACGACGUGGAGGCAGCAGACAUUAAGUACAUCGAGAUGACACCGACCAGAGCCAAGUGCACCGAGGUGCUGCAGGGCUCCCCCAGCCCUUUCUCCAGGUCUCCCCAGAGCAGCGGCUUCCUGCCCCACCCAGCAGCACCCAGAGGGCACUGCACCAACGGCAGCGUGGUGUUCUCCAGCCCUGCACAGCCCGACAGCCCCCACUUGGCCCCCCCGGGCUGCUCCGUGUCCAACAGCAUCGCCGUGCCCCUUCCCCGCGCCGGGCAGAGCAUCUCCCCCCGCACGUCGCCAGGUGCCGACCAGCUGCUGAAACCCAUGCAGGCUGUGAGGGCGCAGCAGAGGGGCAGCGAGGCGUCCCUGCUCUCCAUGAGCCCCAGCUCUGACACCAGUUACAUCUUUGGGAGCAGCACCCACUCGCUCCACGCCAGCGACCCCGACGCCGCCUGCCCAUCCCCCCCCGGCUUUGUGGGCAGCCCCCAGACAUCAUCACCUGGCACCAGGUCUUGUUCUGGAGAAGCUCUGUGCCCCCCCCGGCCCCCCGCAGCCUGCCCUGUCCCACCCAGCCUCUCCCUGAAGGGCCAGGCCAGCAGCUGUCCACCCUCCAUCCUCCCCGAUGUCCCGGUGCUGCUGGUCAAUGGGUGCUUGGAGCCAGGCGGGAUACCCCUCCCCGGCCUGAGCACAGCCCCCCCAGCCCCUGUGCAGCCCAGCCCAGGGCUCAGCAACCUGAACAACGCGCUGUCAGCACCCACGCUCACCUGCGUCCCUGACAGUCCCCUCCGGGCCGAGCAGCCCACCUUGAAGUUUGUGAUGGACACCUCGAAGUUCUGGUUCAAGCCCACCAUGAGCAGGGACCGAGCCAUCCAGCUGCUGCAGGACCAGGAGCCGGGCGCGUUCCUGGUGCGGGACAGCACGUCGUACCGCGGCUCCUUCGGGCUGGCCAUGAAGGUUCCCGGCGCUCCAGGUGAUGACAGCAGCGACCUCGUCCGGCAUUUCCUCAUCGAGUCCUCGGCCAAAGGGGUUCACCUGCGGGGCGCCAGCGAGGAGCUGUACUUCGGGAGCCUGCCCGCCUUUGUGUACCAGCACGCCAUCACCCCGCUGGCGCUGCCCUGCGCGCUGCGCAUCCCUGCCCAAGGUAGGUGUGAGCGCAGUGCUCCUGCAACCCCCCCCGUGUCCCAGCCCGUGCUGCGCUGCUCCGAGCGUCAGGCGGCCACGCCAAGCAGUGAGCAUGGAGCAGCCCAACCCACAGCGUCUGUGCCCCGCGCAGAUCUGACGGAUGGAGAGGACAGCCCCGACUGCGGCCCCGGCCCCGCGCAGUCCCCGCUGAAGAGAUCCGCAGAGUGCAAUGCGCUGUACCUGGGCUCGGUGAGCACGGAGACACUGGUGGGAGCCCCGGCUGUGCAGAAGGCCACGUCCUGCACCCUGGAGUUGGACCCGCUGCCCACACCCACCCUCGUCCGCCUGAGAGCGUCGGAGCAGGGCGUCACACUGACGGACGUGCAGAGGAGGGUGUUCUUCAGGCGGCACUACCCACUGACUGCCGUCCGGUUCUGCGGGAUGGACCCUGAGGGCAGGAAGUGGCAGAAGUACUGCAAAUCCUCCAGAAUCUUCGGGUUCGUGGCCAAAAGCCAGAUGGAUUCGGAGAACCUGUGCCACCUGUUUGCAGAGUACGACCCUGUGCAGCCAGCAGCACUUGUCAUCGACCUCAUCAGCAAACUGCUGCCCGCCCCUUAGCGCCCGGCCACUGCCACACGCUGGGAUAGGAUGGGAGUGCUGAGCCCCAUCCCUGCAGCCACGGCCCUGUGCCCCCUCCCCAUGGAGAGGGGGAGGUCUGGGGGCACUGUGGCAGUAGAGCAGCAUCACGGUGUCUGAAGUCAGUGGGCUGCGCUGGAAGGUCCCAGUCUCCUCUGCAAGCACCAGUGGUGGCAGAGCUGCCAGCACGGCACAGCUGUGCCCAACGCCUCCGAAUUCUUCUGCCCUUUCUGCAAAGCCAUGCCUCACGGCACCGCGACCUCCUCACAUCACCACAGGCUGAGAAAUAAACGCUGACAUUUUCACGACGGUGAAACAUGGGGAUUUGGAAGGAACUGGGACGCGUUUGGGCCGGAGCCCUGGCUGACGUCAAUGGGCUCAGCCCUGCAGCACUGGGUCUGCGCAGACCCUCCUCCCCCCGCGCUGCUCUCAUUUCGGACUCUGUGCCACGCGGCCCUCUGGGGGGGUCAAUAAAUCAGCGCAUUGUUUAUCUCACUGCAGUGAUUUAGCAACUGAAGUGCAGCACUUUGCUGCCCGCAGUGCUCAGCCCCGUCCUGCAGCACGCUGCCCAUCUGUCGGCCAGGAGCCACGUAGGAGGGCUGAGCACCAUUUGAGCUGUUCUCAUUGAGCAGUGCCAUCCCUGCGACCCGCACUGCGUGACCCGCAGGCAGCGCUGCUGCAGCUCCUCGGGUUUAUGGCAGCGC